CCUCACUCUCUCUCCCCUCCAAUCUUCCCUCAUUUCUCUCUCAUCCCCUAGCCCAAGAUUUCGCUUCUUCAGAUUUGGCCUCACAGAUGGCCUACAUGUGUGCUGACAGUGGCAAUCUCAUGGCGAUUGCUCAACAAGUCAUCAAGCAAAAGGAGCAACAAGAGCAGCAACAGCAGCAGAAUCAGCAUCAGAGCCAUAAUCACCACCACCACCAUCAUCAUCAGCAGCAGAGUCAGCAGCAACAGCAACUUCUGGGUAUUCAUUCAAUCGCUCUUCAUCCAUGGACGAACACUCCUCCUCUGGGUUUUGGCCUCGCCGGAGCUGAUUUCUCCGACCCCUUUCAGGUUGGGUCUGGCCCUGACGCCUCUGAGUCCGGUUUUCAGUUUCCUCAUCUGGAUCCCCAUCACUCUACUGGGUUUAGAUUUUCUGAUUUCGCUGCUGAUGCUGGCGGCGGCGCGUGCGGCGCUGCCGGUGAGUUUGAUUCCGACGAGUGGAUGGAUAGCUUGAUGGGCGGUGCUGGUGGUACUGGUGACUCAACGGAUAGUUCCAAUCUGCCUUCUGCGUGCGACGCGUGGCAGAACAAUGCCGAUUUUGGUCUUUACGCCUCGAACCCCUUCGCCACCUGCCCUACCCGGCUCUCGCCUCCGUCGGACCUCAAUCGGGUCAUUUUCUCGUCGGAGCCUUCCACGUGGACCUCUCCCCCACCGCCAUCUCCACCGACCGUAGUUAAAGAACCGGCUGCUACUACCAAAUCAGCACCAGCUUUGCCGCCACCGGUGGAGCCCGCCGUGCGCCGAAACGACAGUGGCAACGGCGUUUCGUCGAGCGUCGCAGAAACCAGUGAGUCCACACAUCCACUUCUGAAAGCACUUAUAGACUGUGCUGGCCUGGUCGAGACCGAACCAGAUCGGGUAGAAGAAUCUCUGGUUCAGCUCAGCAAAACGGCGUCGCAGCACGGAGAUCCUACUCAGAGAGUCGCCUUCUUCUUCUGCGAAGCUUUACGCAGCAAAAUAAAACCGGAAAUGGUGGAGACUCCUGGUUGUGCCACUUCAGAGGAAGAGUUAACACUCUCGUAUAAAGCCUUGAACGAUGCGUGUCCUUACUCGAAGUUUGCUCAUCUAACAGCCAAUCAAGCUAUAUUGGAAGCUACUGAAGGAGCCACAAAGAUUCACAUAGUGGAUUUUGGGAUUGUUCAAGGUGUUCAAUGGGCGGCUCUGUUACAAGCAUUCGCUACUCGAUCUUCAGGGAAGCCUGCAAGCAUUCGCAUUUCUGGAAUACCUGCCAUGUCUCUGGGAACAUCUCCUCGUGCUUCUUUGCUUGCCACAGGGAAUCGUCUCUCUGAGUUCGCGAAGCUUCUGGAUUUGAACUUCGAGUUCGAACCUAUUCUGACUCCAAUUCAUGAGCUGAACCAAUCCAGCUUCGCUACUGAUCCUGAUGAGGUCUUGGCUGUGAACUUCAUGCUUCAAUUGUAUAAUCUGCUGGAUGAGAGUAACGUCGCGGUGGAGACUGCACUUCGAUUGGCUAAAUCGUAACCUAGAAUUGUUACUCUUGGAGAGUAUGAAGCUAGCUUGAGCAGGGUUGGAUUCCUGAACCGGUUCAAGACUGCGUUAAGGUACUUCACAGUUUUCGAGUCUUUGGAGCCAAAUUUGCCGCGAGACUCGCCUGAUAGGCUGCGGGUCGAGAGACUUCUACUCGGCCGUAGAAUCGCUAGCGUGGUUGGAUCAAGGUCGCAGGGGAAUGUAAGAGAACACAUGGAAGAUAGAGAGCAGUGGAGGGUUUUGAUGGAAAGUGCUGGUUUUGAAUCUGUAAACCUCAGCCAUUAUGCAAAUAGUCAGGCUCAGAUUCUUCUAUGGAAUUACAACAGUCCUCUGUAUACAUUGGUGGAAUCCGAUCCGGGGUUUUUGACUCUGGCUUGGAAUGAGGUCCCUCUCCUGACUGUUUCUUCUUGGCAUUAAAGGGUUAUUGCUUAUUUGCUUCGAUUGGAAAUGGGUUUCCACCUGGUGCUUUUUUCUCUAGCGUGGAACAACCAAUUGUCUAUAUGCCAUUGAUGAUCAUGCUUGGUCCCUAGUUAAGCUAUACACAGAUUGAUGUUAUUGGAACAGCAAUACAAGCCCUCUUGAGGAUUUAUAGGAGGAAGAUUAGCCAUAUGGUGUGCUUUCUGCAGCUUGAUCUUAGUUCCACGCCUUUCUCUUCUCUUCUUUGCGAUUGAUUUUGCUUUUUUAGUCUUUUCAUUUCAUGUUCUAGUGUUCCUAGGUUUUAUGACUUGACUAGACAAAUUAGUGGACAAGGGAAUGGAAAUGAAGAAAUGGGAGGAAAGAAGUUUUCUCUCCCAUUGGUGUCUGUAACUCUGUAAAUCUGAAUUUGUUGUAUGGAUUUAAUUUGGUCUUUAAAUGUCAAAGGAUGUUCAUCUUUACUUUCUGACUCA